AUGGAUUCUGCCUCGGCAAGUUUGAUAUAUUCGCUGCUGAAAGAUGACACUGCAGCCGAGCUAGCUCGUAUCAAGCGCACCAAAGUCACUCACCCAGAUACCGAUUCCACAGAUCAUGAGGCUGCGCUAGAAUCAUGGAAAAAUGAAUUGGAAAGAUUCCAAUCUCAACCGCUUCACUUUAUCACUGAAAUCGGGCGAGGAAAUACUGUUGUUGAAGAUCACCAGGUCGAAAGGGUUACUGACGAGGAUGAAGACAGCUCUGACGACAACGAUAACCAGGGUUCUGAAGAAGUACUCCCGAGGCUGGCGAAUACCUCGGUUGCCGUCGAAGAGGAAUCCGGGGUCGAAAGGAUUACCGCCGAUGACGACGAAGAUUCUGACGAUGAUAGAGAUUCCGAAACUGAUUCCAACCCCUCGUUGGAAAGUGAGAAUGGAGCAAGUGACGUUGAGCUAGAAGAAGUAUCCGUCACGGGCUCACAGGACAUGGCGUCCAUCAUUUCUCGCAGUCCAAGUCUGAGUUCGCUAUCCUCAACGCCAUCCCCUCCGACAGAUUACGAGGACAUACUCCCUCGAGAGCGAUGCCUUGCAUGCAUGGAGUAUCUCCACACUGAAGACCUGAUCCAGUGUCCCUGCAACCACUACUACUGUGAGGGCUGCUUGUCAGAUUUCGUCAAAGCCACAUUGUCGGAUGCCUCCAUCUUCCCACCCAAAUGCUGCGAUGAGCCCAUCCCUUUCCCCAUAGUCAAGCCAGUCCUCAGCAAAGCAGUGGUUCGCAAAUAUGAAAAUCGUGUCAAGGAAAUAGAGACACCGCCAAGCAUUUGCUUCCGUACUGAAUGUGCGAAACCGAUUCAAGCCAAAAAUAUAAAUGACCAUAUUGGGUAUUGCACAAAGUGCAAGCGCCGCACCUGUACCUUCUGUGGAAAAGAGGCACAUUUCGGUGAUUGCAACAACAAGAAAGAGUGGGAUGCAGUGCGAGUUAUGGCGAAGAAACAAAAGUGGAAGGUGUGCCCAACUUGCAAAGUGUAUGUGGCUCGCGCGAGCGGCUGCAACCAUAUAAGGUAUACCUGUCCCUACAAUCUGCAAGACUGUGUAAUUGUGUGCUGA